AUGCCUUAUGAUAAAAUUGAAAAAAUAACUUAUAUGGUUUCUCUUAAUGUAGUAGAUAUAGCGAGUAAAUAUAAAGUAUUAAUUUCAAUUAGAGAUAUUAUUUCUAAUAUUGACAUAAGCUGGCUAAAAGCUAAAGAUGUUAAUCUAUUGCAGAGCAAUGGCUCUUUGAGCCUAAAAAAUAUUUUAACUUCCAAUACUAUUGCUAAGACAUUUAAAAAAAUCUAUAAUGAUCCAACAUCUACUCUUCGAUGUGCAAUCAAGAAAGGUGGCCCUCCAAAUCAUCGGGGUCCAUCUACAAUUCUUACAGAACAUGAGGAAAACCAACUUGUUGGAUAUUGCAUGAACAUGCAACAGCUUGAAUUUGGUUUAACUAAGUCUGGAUUCGUUCUUAUACCUAAGCUAGAAAAAGUUAUUGCAAAAAAGGGCUCGCAUCAGGUUCAUAAAGUUGUACAUAGUAACUCUCAUGAGCAUAUUUCAGUUAUACCAACAAUUUCGGCUGUCGGCUCAUACAUUUCACCUUUAGUUAUCUAUAAAGAUGUUCAUGCAAUUCCUGGUUUACUACAAGAUGCACCCCCUGGAGCAGUAAUGAGUUUUACAGAUACCGAAUAUAUGC